AUGUUUCGUGUGGUCUGCAAGCUCAUCCUCCUCGCCUUUUCCAACGAAAUCCAGAACGCUACACCGGAGAAGAUGGUGUAUGCUCUGAUGGUUCGAGACCCGACGGAGGUGUUUAUCCCGAAGAAGAAGCUCAGCAAUAAGUGGCAAUUGAUUUGGAUAUUCCAGGAAUGUGCCCCAGCGGGAUCGGUGUUGGACACCACAACGCUGGAUUGGAAGACCAGCUCAUGCAGAGAUGUUGAGCCCGUGAAGUCCGAACAGCAGGCUCUCCGAUUGGUGAAGCCGGAGCUCGGCAAUGUCUUGUCCAGGCUCCAUGGCCUGGCGAGCACAUGUUGGCAGCACGCGGCUUCCUCGGACCUGGCCACGAUCAAGGCCCUGGCCGUUCUGCUGGGCGUGUCCAUAGCAGCCAACAAGGACUCUCUGGAUGAGAUGAUUGCUUGGCGGUUGGCGAGGCAGUCGCCAGAGUCCUGGAAGCGCGAGAAUCAGCUCGUCGCGCUGGCCUUACUUCUGAAGGCACCGCCCAAGGCGGCGACCGAGGCAGAGUUGGUCCAGCGGCUCCUGAACUCUUUACAGUCCAUCGCCACAGCGUCGCUGUGCGUCCUCUUGACUGCCCCUGCAGGAAACACCCUCGACGAGGCCAAGCAGGGGGUUGUUUCGAAGCGCGAGCCCCAGUCAAGAAUUGCGAGUCUAUUUUCCAUGGCCCCGCGAAGUCGCGUGCCCUUGAAGGCCUGGCGCGUACUCCUCCAGGGCCUCCAGCGUGGCAGCCAUUUCGAGCUGAAGCGGCAGCAGAUUCUCCACUUCUUCGAUGCGGCUGGAGACCUCCAGAUCCACAUUCCACAGUUCACUAUGGGCAUCACUGCGUGCGGCGAGGCUUCCGCCUGGAAGGAAGCUAUAGCGAUCUUCGACAUGCUUCCCCGUGCGAGGCUGAGUCCCAACACAAUUAGCUACAACACCACGAUCCGUGCAUGCGAGAAGGGCGGCCAGUGGCGCGCGGUCUUGCAGCUGCAUCAUGAAAUGCUAGCUGCAACAGUGCAAGCCGACGUCCUCAGCUUCAAUUCGGCCUUGCGGUCCUGCAACAGCUGCUCUCAAUGGCCACUGGCCUUGCAGCUCUUUCCAUCCAUCGCGAAGAUCGGUCUCUCGCCCAACGUCCACAGCUACAACGCCCUACUCCACUCCUACGAGUCAGGCAUGCAAUGGCAGCAUGCUCUGCGUGAAUUCGAUGCGAUGGCCCAGAUAGAUGCGGUCAGCUAUAACACCACUCUUCGUGCCUGCCGGAAGGGCCAUGCCUGGCAAGCAGGCAUCCAAAUAUUGAGCUGCAUGCUCAGGUCUUCUUUCGUGCCAGAUAUCUUUAGCUACAAUGCAAGUAUCAGCUCUUGUGAGAAGGGCUCACAGUGGCUGUUGGCUCUGCAUUUGCUGGACCUCAUGCCGACAGUUUCCAUCACACCCGACACUAUCAGCUACAAUGCUGCGUUGGCCGCCAUCAAGGCAGCCGAAGCCUGGCAAUGGGCAUUGCGUUUGCUCAACUCCAUCCCGGCCAACAGUCUCCUUGCAGAUGCAAUCUCCUUCAACACCACCCUCACUGCCAUGGUCGAUGCUGCCCACUGGGAGAAGGCUCUUGGUCUCUUCGAUGUCAUGCCUGAGCGUCAGGUCCAGCCAAAUGUCAUCAGUUACAAUGCCGCUAUCAGUGCCGCGGCAGUCGAGUCGCGUUGGCAAUCGGCAGUGGAGAUUCUUCGUACUGCGAGGGAUGGAAAGCUCGCAUGCGACGUGAUGUCCUACAACGCAGUGCUGAAAUCUCUCGAGCUUGUCAAACACUGGGCUUUGGCUUUCGAACUGCUGAAUUCGAUGCCCAAAGCACGGGUAUCUCCAGAUGUUAUCUGCUACAGCAUGGCCAUUGGAGCCUCAAGUGGUGAGGAGCAGUGGGAACGGUCCUUGCUCCUGUGGGCUUCGCUGGUGGACAAGCAGCUCCGCCCGGAUGCUGUCACGUACCACGCUGCCAUGAUGUCCUUCGACAAGGGCACACAGUGGGAGCGAAGCCUGGCACUCUUGCGUUCCAUGUCCAGGAACUCCGUACAGCGAAUCCCGCCGAGCUACAACAUGGUCAUCAAUGCUUGUCAGAGAGCUGCAGAGUGGCAACUGGCUCUGGAGCUCUUGCGAUCCAUGUCAGGAGACCGUGUGACACCAAGCGCGGUCAGCUACAGCGUGUCGAUCAACGCACUCCAGCGCGGCGAGCAGUGGCAGCUGGGUCUGCUGCUCUUUCACACACUGCCGGAAGCGGAUAUUACUCCAGACCAAUCAUGCUAUGAUGCAGCGCUGGCAUGCUGCCAGACUGCGGCCGAUGCGCGAACGCUUUGGCGCGACAGCUGA